UUGCAUACUGAAAUGAUUUUACUAUUCAAUGUAUUGUUUUGAUGCAUAAGAAAUAUACUGUGUAAGAUAAAAUACUAUAGCUUUUAGGUGAUCCACGGUAAAGGAAUCACGUUGCAGUGCGACCGCAUCCCUCGUGGGUGACGAUAUUAAUAGAAGCAAGCCAACAUUUGUAAUACAAUAGGCCAGGGGUGGACAGUUGUUUUGGCUCAGGUGCCACAAAUAGUGGCAGUUUUAUUCAAUUUAUUUAAAUACGAGACGAAUCUUCGGUUCAAGGCGGAUUUUUCUGACUGUCUUGGCAGGCCGCUAUUUGCCCACCCCUGCAAAGGCCAUUAAACGUCCCAAAUAGAACACCGUGAUCAUAUUAUGGAGGGCAAAUACAAAGCGAUGAACACGCGAGUGGAGGAUAAGUCCGGGGAGGAAUUGGUAAGCAUAAUCAGCGAGAACGUCGGCAGGAUGCUCAGAAGGAAGAUGGACGCGGUGACCUGCAUCCGUAUGUUGGCCGAGGAACAAGCGGAAAGCUGGGAGGACGAUGAGAAUGGCAACAUCACCUACGUAUCUGGAAAAUACAGUCCUGUGAUCAAUCAGAGUUCACCGAAACUUCCGGAGAACAUGGAGAAAAAUGUUGAUGUUUACAGAGAAAUGGAACUGACGCCGGACUCACAUUUCUACAACAUACCAGUGAACACAAGCUUCUCCUCCGUGCACAUACCAACGAACGUGUACGACCUAUCACCCGCCGUAGCCGAGGACAUCAAGAAGACCGAGAUUCUCGACAACAUCUUCCGGCAGAACUACGAGUCAGACCCAGCGUUAUCCUGGCAGUAUUUCGGCUCCGUCACAGGAAUGUUGAGACAGUAUCCUGCCAUGCAGUGGAGGACAAACCCUACGGAGAACAAUGAGGACGCAGAGGAGGAGGAAGAAGAUGAUGAUGACGAUGGAGAGGGUGAAGAAGGGGCUGACAUUUAUGAUUGCAGAGUACGCAGCUGGUUUAUAGAAGCAGCAACUUGUAGCAAGGAUAUGGUGAUCUUGAUGGACACCAGUGGUAGCAUGACUGGCAUGGGAAAAACUAUUGCCAGAACAACAGUGAACGCCAUUCUGGACACCCUAUCGAACAAUGAUUUCGUUACGGUUUUAAGUUACACAAACGAGACGUACGACAUGGUGCCCUGCUUCAAGGAUAUGUUGAUCCAGGCCACUCCGGAAAAUGUGGACACGUUCAAGAAAUCGUUAAUGGACGUUAAAACGGAGGGUCUUGCCAAUCUGACCGAAGCGUUCAACAGGGCGUUCGGUCUUCUGAAAAUUUAUAGAGAAACGCGAGGGUGCGACGCGGACACACCGUGUAAUCAAUUAAUCAUGCUCGUAACAGAUGGUGUUCCUGGAAAUCUAACCGAGGUUUUCAGAACAUGGAACUGGAAGGACAACGACACACACAUACCCGUAAGAGUGUUCACUUAUCUAUUGGGAAAAGAAGUGACUAAAGUGCGGGAAAUUCAAUGGAUGGCCUGCCUGAACCGUGGUUACUAUACCCACGUACAUACUCAAGAGGAAAUUCGGGAACAGGUGUUAAAAUAUAUUCCAGUAGUAGCGCGUCCUAUGGUUCUCCAGGACGACGUUCACCCUGUCGUUUGGACCCACGCUUAUACCGAUAUUACGAAUCCAGCACUCGCCACUUGGCUGUGGCUUGUGAUGAAGCACCAGGAGCAACGAUCCAGGCUUCAAAAGCAUCUGAAAGGGAAACGUCUUGGAGUGCGAGUAAAUGAGGACGAAAUCUACAUACAGCAGCUCCACAAGGACGAGGACGUUCGACAGGAUCCAUCUACGUUGAACACGACAGCCUGGCAGGAGUAUAGGCUUCUCACCUCGGUUAGCACACCCGUGUUCGAUCGUAAGGGGAAUCGCAACAACCGGACAAGGAUAGCGAAUUUACUAGGCGUGGCUGGCACGGAUGUGCCAAUUGAUGACAUACGAAAGCUCACGUUGCCGUACAAACUCGGCGUGAAUGGAUACGCCUUUAUCGUGUCCAACAACGGAUACGUGAUAUUGCAUCCGGACCUGAGGCCCGUCUACAGGGGUAGAUUGAAGCUGAAUUACAAUAGCAUCGACCUGACGGAGGUGGAGAUCCUGAACGAUGGUGGUGGACCAAGAAACCCCGGGGUAGAGGUGUUGGAACUCCGUGCCGCGCUGGUGGACCACAAGAGGGGCAGCAUGAAAGGGGUACCGGUGAAAUUGCAUUACGAUGACAACCGUCGUGUGACUCUGGAAAAACGUGACUACUUCUACGCCCCUCUGCCUGGAACGCCUUUCGGUCUUGCGGUCGCUAUACCAAACUAUGGCACAACUUGGAUCAAGGUAGGGGAUGAAAUUCGUAGGAACCAGAACAUGAACGUGAACAUCUCCGAAUUCUUCCUGGGCAGCAACUGGCGAGUUCACCCCGGUUGGGUCUACUGUCGCUUCCACUAUCUGGAGGGACACGAAUUCGACAACCCUGAGGAAGAAUUAAGAUACUUCUUAGAUCUGUUAAACAAACCUGGCUGGCGUUGGUCGGAGCAAUACGAGGCCUACUCCAUAACAGAAAAUGAAACCGAUUACGUGCCGAACUGUGGAAGGCAGACCUUAUCUCACGAGGACUAUUAUUGCAACAAAGAACUGAUGCAACUGUUGGUUUUCGACGCGAAAGCUACGAACGCCAGCUUCGACGACAACUUCGUAUUGGAUGAUCCAGGUGCACGAUACCUGGCCGAACUUUAUGGAAUAUUCCUGAGAUUCGUCGCCACUCAGAGCGGUUUGACUAGGUGGCACAAUUUGGAUACGAAUAAGUUGCCCGUUGACGACGAUGGAAUUGUAUUCGGUGAUCUCCAUAGGAGGGCCGUCAACGAGCCUUGGUACAAAGGUGCCAUUUUCCAGAAUAUCCAGGAUCCUAAUAGCAUCUCUCUAUCAGUUCCAUGGGAAGCAGGCUCCGAUGCCAUAGUAACUGUGUCGAUUGGAAUAUUCCCAAAAGAUGGUGGCAAAAAAGCUCCAGCAGCAGUGAUUGGUUUUCAAAUGCCUAUGACGGAUCUCUAUAACAGAUUCAUUGAGUUAACAUCAAAAGAGGGCAACUCGACCAUGAACUGCGCCCACUUAUGGAUAGAUUGCUACUUGCUCGAUCAAAACGGCUACGUGGUGAUAUCAGACGCACACAACGAUACCGGCCAAUUCAUGGGGACACAGGAGGGGGCAGUAAUGAAUUCUAUGGUUGGCCAGGGUCUCUAUAACCCGGUCGAGAUCUAUGAUUAUCAAGCUUGGUGCGAAGAACUUCGUAUCGAGGAUGCGGCGAACGUACUGACCGACCCGUUGAUGUACGUCUGGAAGCUGUUGGUCUGGUUUCUGCUGCGUCUGACGUGGUUCACGACCCAGUUCUUGAAUUUGCCAGCCACCCACGCCAAAGUUCACUUCGACGAGGACGCCCCGGAUCCUCCUCCCCCGCCCCGACUCUAUCUCUACCAUUAUCCUUGCGAUCAGAAGAGAAUUUUGUACAUGAUGAACAACACGAUCGCUGGUAUGGGGAUCACCGAUCAUCCGGAUUAUUGUUCGAGGCCGUUCUACGCGCGAAGGGUGCCGCACACUAAUUUAUUGCUCGUCGUCGUGGACGCGAUGUACCCAACUUGUUACAAGAGAUUAGAAGUAACACCCGUGAACAUAUCCCCGCUCGAGUAUACAAAUGGCACAGAAAGCGCGCCUUGCCAUAAAAUGCCGCUGAACGAUCUUAAGAGGAGGCGCCUGGAGGGCUGUUUCACCGAGCAUCCCUUGGAGUACGAGAUAGAGGAUUGCGGAGGAGCAUCGGGACUGACCGUUUCUUUGCUACUCGUCUCUACUAUUGUUGCUAGAAUUUUAUGUACCUUCGGGUAACCGAGAAAAGAAUACUCUUUAAAAUCAAUGUCGAAGAGAGAGAAGUUCUAGUCAUGUUAACAAUGCAUUUCUUAUAUCAUUAAACUAUGAACAUUUAUUCGGUAUAAAGUAUUUUUUAAAUAUAUAUAUUCUACUUUAGAUAAGACAAAUUGGAAAAGUAUAAUUAUUUUUUACGGUUUCUGAGAAGAAUUUGAAUGAAGCAAACGAUUAAACUGAAAUUGGUAGUUUCAAUAGGAAUAUGAAAUUUAUGACAACGAUCAUUGCAAUUUUUAUUCGGAUGAACUCCUUCUUUUUUUUGUGAACCAAAGACAUCCGAGAUCAAAUCGAUCGUGACUAAGGAGAGGAACCAUAAAGCCUGAAGAAAUAUCCUUCCACCCACGCGAGAUAGAAUUUUCUGGCGGCGUCGUGAGGUCUGUUGAUAGGGUGAGAGGAGCUUGCCCCAGAAACUACUUUGUUCCUCCCCUCGAUUAUUUGAAUUAUAUCUCUUCUGCUGGUCAAGUUGUAACAUUCUCGCUUUUAACUUUAAUAAAAUUUUAUCUUAAACUUA